AUGAAUGACUUGAAGAAGAGCUUUGAAGCAGAUAAGUUGAAGUUGAAGGCUGAUAGGGAGGCUUUAGAUGUCAAAAGAAAGCCUUUGAUGAUGAGAAGGAAGAUGCCUCCGCGUCGUGAGACACGCAACUCUGGUCGUCGUAAUGGUGGUGGACCAAAUGAGCCUGAUCCAAAUAUCGUAGCUGCUAUCACUCAGGCCUUUACUGCUAUGUUGCCUGCACUUGUUCAGGCCGUACGUGGUCCUGAUCCGAAUCCUAAUCCAAACCCUAACCCCAAUCCUAAUCCAAACCCUAACCCCAAUCCAAAUCCGAACCCUAAUCCAAACCCAAACCCAAACAGUGUAAUUGGGGAUUGGCUAGAUAAGUUCAUAAAACAGAAACCGAGAUCUUUCACAAAGGCAACCACUCCAAUUGUAGCAAGGGAUUGGAUUCUUCACAUCGAGAAAAUAUUUCGGGCGUUAGGAGUUGGUGAUGAAUUUAAAUCAAGGUUAGCAUCGUAUAAACUCGAAGAAGAUGCGCAAACUUGGUGGGAAGGUGUAUUGGAGGAAAGAGGAGGAGACCCAUUUGUGGAGAAUUUACCUUGGGCAGAUUUUCGUACUAUUUUCUUUGAGAAAUAUUUUAACAGCGUGGAUAAGAGUUCUUACACACGAGAGUAUCACAAUAUCCGUCAGAGGAAUGACGAACCACUUUCUGACUUCACUGAUCGGUUUUAUCGACUAGUUGGAUUUCUUGGGUCAGCUGCUGGAACACCAGAGGAACAAGCAGAAAAAUAUCAAUGGGCAGUUUGUGAUCGGAUUCGUAGAGCAAUCAUCCAGUCAACGUUCCCCACUGUUGCAGAGGCCGCUAAGGCUGCCAAAAAGGUUGAUAUGGAGAACAAAGAAUUUUUGGGUGGUUCGAAUAAUAAUAGGAAGAGAAAUAGAGACGAAUACCGCACUCCGUUCACUAGUGAGUCGUCUCAAGCACCUACUCGAAAUAAUCAAAACAAUAUGGGGAAUAGGUCAUCGGGAAGGAAUAAUAGACCAUGGCAGGGAAGGAGCCAAAAUCAGGGUCAGACCAAACCCUACCAGCCACCAACCCAAGCUCAACCCGUAAACCAGAAAGGUAACCAGAACCCUACCCAGUCUCCAGUGUGUAACCAUUGCAACAAGCGUCACCCAGGCAUCUGUCGUCGACUUACUGGGGCUUGCCUUAAGUGUGGAGAUAUGGGGCAUAAGAUUAAUGAAUGCCCAAAGGCUGGUAACCGACCAACUGAUACCACUAGGGGAGCUGCUGUGCCACCUACUACGGGAGGGCGUGUUUUCUCAUUGACUGCAGGGGAAGCUGCUAAUGCUCCAGGUACUCAGGGAAAUCGGGGAAAUGUGUGAAGAGUGAUAAUAAAAAGCUAGAGUUGGAACAAGGAGUUUAAUAAAACCUUAUAUUCAAUAAAUUUAGACACUUAUGUUUUUCUGUUGAGACCGUUAUGCCAUUUUGGGGAUU